AAACGUUGAGCUCCAAGUCUCUUACCAUAAAAUUAAGUAGCUAUGGCGAGUGAAGACUGAGCAGAAAAAACUCCUGAGAAGCCAUGGUAUUACUUCAACUCCAAUCUAUUAAUGGGUUAUUAACUUACCCAAAACCAGCCCCCCCGGCACUGGUUCAUGUUCAUGGCAGAAGAGACAGAGCUAGCAAAAGCCUGGGCUUCAAAAUGCAAGCGCUUCCCUCUAGAACCCAGAAAAUAAUGGAGAGUAUUUCAGUUGGUGGGGAAGUUGGUGGAGCUGGAGGAGUGUACUCAUAUAGUGCCUUAAAAAGGCUGGACCAACUCUGGUCUGGUAUUUGUUCUGCUCAAACAGUUGUGCAAGAACCCCAGAAAGUGGUUUCUACUAAUCCCGGUUCAUUUUCCGAUUCUGAGCUGGCUGACAAAGCCCUAGAUAAGUUUGACGUAAUAGUUUGUGGAGGAACAUUGGGAGUUUUCAUUGCCACAGCAUUGAGUUCCAAAGGUCUCCGAGUGGCCAUCGUGGAGAAAAACGUUCUAAAAGGGAGGGACCAGGAAUGGAACAUCUCAAGAAAAGAGCUCUUAGAGCUUGUCAAAGUUGGAAUUUUAGCCGAGGAUGACAUCGAAGAAAUUACUGCUGCAAAAUUCAAUCCUAACAGAUGUGGAUUUGAAGGGAAAGGAGAUAUCUGGGUUGAAGAUAUUCUCAAUCUUGGCAUAUUACCUGCAAAAUUGAUAGAGAUUAUGAAGAAUCGCUUUGUUUCCCUAGGGGGUGUCAUCUUUGAAGGUUGCACUUUGUCCAGCAUAUCUGUAUAUGAGGAUGCAGUCGUUACACUACUAGCUGAAGGGAACAUUUUGUCAUCUAGCCUCAUAAUUGAUGCAAUGGGGAACUUUUCACCUAUUGUAAAACAGAUAAGACGAGGAAGGAAGCCAGAUGGUGUUUGCCUUGUUGUUGGAUCCUGUGCUCGUGGUUUUGGUAGUAAUUCUACAAGUGAUGUUAUAUAUAGUAGUUCAUCAAUAAGGAAGGUUGGGAACUCAGUAGUCCAAUGCUUUUGGGAGGCAUUUCCUGCUGGUUCAGGCCCUACUGAUCGUACUACUUAUAUGUUCACUUAUAUUGAUCCCCAACCUGGAUCACCGAAACUGGAAGAAUUGUUAGAAGAAUACUGGGAACUAAUGCAGGAUUAUCAGGGAGUCUCUCUUGACAAUCUGGAGAUUCAGAGGGUUAUAUAUGGAAUUUUCCCAACGUACCGUGACAGCCCGCUGCCAGCCGCUUUUAAUCGUGUUUUACAGUUUGGUGAUGCUAGUGGCAUACAGUCACCUGUUUCAUUCGGUGGCUUUGGGAGCUUGACAAGGCAUCUGGGGAGACUCUCAAGUGGUAUACAUGAAGCAAUCAGCGGAAACUUUCUUGACUCAUACAACUUGUCCCUACUGAAUCCAUACAUGCCUAACUUGAGUACUUCGUGGUUGUUCCAAAAAGCGAUGUCAGCAAAGCAACUGUCUAAUGUUCCACCAGAUUUUAUAAAUGAGCUUUUGUUUGCCAAUUUUCAGAGUAUGCAGAGGCUGGGCGAUCCAGUGUUAAGACCAUUUCUUCAGGAUGUCGUACAGUUUGGGCCUCUAGCCAAAACACUAGGCCUAGUUAUGAUAUCCAAACCUCAAAUUCUACCCUCCAUAUUCGCACAGGUUGGCUUUCCUGUACUUCUUGAUUGGUCUGGACAUUUUGCCAUGCUAGGUUUCUAUACUUUUCUAUCUACCUUUGCUGAGCCUGUAAUAAGGCCUGUUUUAAGUGGAUUUUCACCCCAGUUGAGAUAUCAGUGGAGACGACGUCUUGAGGCUUGGAAAUAUGGAGCUGGUUUAGACUAUGAGUUAUGAAGGAUAUUUAAAGAUGAAAUCCAAUUGAAUAAUGGGUUUUCAUUUAUAGCUUCUUGGAACUGAGAAAAAUGUUUAUAAAAAAUCCAAUCAUGUACACGUUCUAUUAUUUAUAUACACCAUUCCACAUUCUUUUUUA